AGAUUUAAAAAAAUUGGAAAGUGUGUUUUCAGCAACUUGUGGCUUCAGAAAUCACUGUAUAAAGAUUGGCUACGAGAAGUCAAGGGUGACAAGCACAAGGCACGAUGCAUCGUGUGUAUGAAGGAUGUUGACAUUUCGAGCAUGGGAGAGUCAGCGCUCACAAGUCACUUGAAAGGAAAAAAACAUCAAACACUGACAUCCCAGAAAAGGUCAUUAGCAAGCGUUCCAGAUUUUUUUGGGGUUUCUUCUCAACAACCAGCAACUACAAGUGACGAUGCCAAAGAAGUUUCAAAAUCCACUUCGUCUGAAAGUGGCAAACACAAGACGCUCAACCCCACAAAGUCUAGUACUGCGAGUUCAUCUGGUUCAUCGGUGAUGGAAAGAAUUGUCACUCGUGAUGAGACGUUGAAAGCAGAAAUUUUGUGGGCAUUGAAGGUGAUAAUGUCUCAUUACUCCUAUAAAUCAUGCGAAGGUACGAGCAAAUUGUUUCAAGCGAUGUUUCCUGACAGUCGGAUCGCGAGUCAGUUUACAUGCGGAGAAAAGAAAUGUGCAUACUUGAUCUGUUUUGGGCUCGCUCCACACUUCAAACAACUUUUGAAGGACGUUGUGAAAAAAGAAGAAGCUUAUGUACUUAUGUUUGACGAGAGCCUGAAUAGCGUGUGCCAGUCAAAGCAAAUGGAUAUUCACAUUCGUUCAUGGAAUCAUGACAAACACGAAGUUGAAAGUUGCUAUUAUACCUCAGUGUUUAUGGGGCAUGGAACAGCAGAGGACAUGCUUUCUCAUUUUCGUUCAGGCAUAGAAGGAAUUCCUCUCAAAAAAGUUUAUCAGGUAGGAUGCAACUCUCGUUAUGUUUGGGUAAUUUAUAUAAACAUAACAAACGAAAGAUAAACAUGGUCAUCUCUUCGCUGAUGACAUUACCUCCUAGGUUUCCUAAUUAUAAAUACAUGUACUGUUACUAGUGUGGUACAAAUCGCCGUUACGUACGGAAAACAAAUGUUUUGUGUAAUGCCAAAAAGCGAUAAAAUUGUAUUAAAUAGAAAUGAAACACCUUACUUAGUUUUCUGCCCUUUAAGGUCUAAAUAAUGAACACUCUUUCAUUGCAAAUCUUCACAAUUCCAAUGCAUCCAUGAGUAGUUCACUUCGUGUCUGGGUGGACAAUGACACGAACUCUGGGACGUAAUGCAAGUACUAAAUUAAAUAAUCUGUUUCCCUUUCAAUAUUACAAGGAAUGUUUUCUCUCAUACUAGUUGUCAAUGGAUGGACCCAACGUUAAUUGGAAAUUUUACAGUAUGCUGACUGAUGAGGCAAAAAGGGAGCAUAAUAGUCACAUGCUGAACAUUGGCAGCUGUGGUUUACACAUUCUUCAUGGAGCAUUCAAGGAUGGUGCUGUGGCAUCAGGAUGGCAGUUAGACAGGUUGUUCUCUAGCCUUCACUGGCUUUUUCAGGACAGUCCGGCAAGGAGAGAGGACUACACCAAAGUAACAGGAAGCUCACUGUUUGCUUUGAAGUUCUGCAAACAUAGGUGGUUGGAGAAUGUCUUGGUUGCAGAACGUACACAGAGUAUGUGGGACAGUGUUGUCAAGUAUGUUCAGAGUGCAAGGGCAGGAAAAGUUCCACAGCCACAGAAUAAAUCCUUUGACACUGUACAAGAGUUUGUUGCAGAUCCCUUUACGACUGCAAAAGUCGCCUUCUACCUAUCAGUAGCCAAGCAAGUGACACCGUUUUUGACACUCUAUCAAACCGACAAGCCUAUGCUUCCUUUCCUGGCUACAGACCUGUACAGCAUGCUUGGGGGAUUAAUGAGAAGAUUUAUUAAGACCACUGUUAUCAGUGAAGCCAAAACCCCAUUGAAGCUUACAAAACUUGACCCUGCUGACUCCAGCAUUCAUGCCUCUCAUUCCAAGAUUGACCUGGGGUUUACAGCUGACAAGAAGAUCGAGGACUUGAUUGCAAAGGCCACAGUUUCAGAGAAAAGAGUGCUUCAGUUUCAGAUGGAAUGCAAGGAGUUCCUUAUGAAAGUAGUUUGCAAACUGAUUGCCAAAGCACCAAUUCAGUAUUCCCUUGUAAGGAAUAUAAAUUGCUUAGAUCCAAGGAACAUGAUGAGUGACCAUGAUGUUUCCAUCACAAAAUUCAAGAGAGUUUUGACUACCCUUGAAAAUGCCAAGAAAGUCCUGGAAGGUGAAUGUGAUUCCCUUUUGGAACUAUUUAGACAAUUCAUUAUGGAAGCCCCCUCUUCUCCGUCGGAGUUCAAAGACUAUGAUCCUAACAAUGAUAGACUUGAUUCCUUUCUGUAUCUUCACAUGGGACAGAAGCGAUCCUACCAAUCAUUGUGGAAAGUAGUCUCAGAGCUACUGAUAUUAUCACAUGGCCAGGCCAGUGUCGAAAGAGGAUUGUCAGUCAAUAAGCAACUGGAAGUCGAGAACCUCCAAGAGCGCUCCUUCAUUGCACAAAGGCUGGUACAAGAUCAUGUACAAUCUGUGGGAGGUGUCCUUGCUGUUUCAAUCGACAAACCACUUCUUUUGUCAGCUGCCGGAGCUAGGCAGAAUUAUUUAUCAUAUCUUGAUGAACAAAAGAGGAAGAAAACCUCUGAGGGUGUAGAACUGAAGCGAAAGGAGCUAGUCGAUGAACUUGAGGAACUUAAAAAGAAAAGAAGGCGUUUAGACACUGAUGUUGACAAUCUUGUUAAAUCAGCAGACGAGUUUGCACAGAAAGCAGAGGACACUGGGAAACUUGUGUGGAUUACAAAGUCAAAUAGUUUGAGGAGAACUGCAAAAGAAAAGGAGAUGGCUCGCAAAGACCUUGAGUGCAAAAUUGCGAAUGUUGUGGAUGAACUAAAAAAGGCAUAG